UUGCAGUAUCUUUAUCAGCCAGUGGAGGACCUAAAGAGACUAUCGCAAGAAGUGCAACCAGGAAGCAGUUGGGACCUCUCUGUGGAUACACUGCGACAGGUUGUUCUGUCUCUGCCUAAGCAUGAGUCGGCUCAGGAACAGAGCCUGGCCCGGAUCAACUCUCUGAUUCUGCAGCUCUCUGAACCUCCUCAGCUCAAGCAGCAGCAGCUAACUGCAGGAACUAUUGGGCAGCAGCUGUGGAGGGAACUCCUCGGCACCAUGGCUGGUGAGGCCAUGUGGCUCAGAGACGUUAUGGGCCUUCCAGAGAGAGACACACAGAUCCAUGAAAAGGAGGAACCCCCAAUCUCAGAUGCUGAUAUGGCUGAUACCAAAGAUGAGAAGAGUGAGAAAAAGGGAGGAGCGGCUGCUAAAGAAGAGAGAAGUGGAGUGAAGUCCAGAGUUAAGGAGGACAGCAAAGUGGAGUCCAAGUCGGCAACAACUGAAAAAUCAGUGGAGGACAGCAAAAAGAAAGGGAAACGAAGAGAAGACGUGGUGAAAAGCUCUAAGGAAAAGCAAGGGAAGGAAACUGCCUCGCUGACUGAUACCACCUCACAAAGCGUCAGUCAAGAAUUUAUCAAAGACCCAAAUGUAGAGCCGGAGGCGAUGGGCAUUUACAAAAGACUCCUGCAUUCAAAG